GUUAAGGAGUUUGGAGUCUUGAGGCCCAUAGGAGGAUUUUGUGAGGGAGUCACAGGGUCCAGUUUAUAUCCUGAAAGGAUUCUUGUAUCAGUUACCCGUGCUUUGUAACAAAUUACCCCAUACUUAGUAGCUUUAAAGAACAGUAAACACUACUUCCCACAGUUUCUGUGGGCCAGAGAUCUGGGCCUGGUUUAGCCAGGUGGUUUUGGCUCUCAUCUCUUGUGACGUUGCAGGGCAGACACCGGCUGGGGCUGCGUCAUCCGAAGGCGGGCGAGGCUGCUCUCAACCCGCUGCUCUCACCUGGCUGUUGGUGGGAGGCCUCAUUCCCUGCCACAUGGGCCCCUACAUACGGCUGGUUGAGCCUCCUCACAAUAUGGCUGCUGGCUUCCGCUAAAGCCAGCAAGGAGGAAGCCACAGUGUCUCUUAUGACCCUCAGAAGUCACACUGCCAUUUCUCCCAUAUCCUGUUAUUCACCCAGGUUCUUGAGCCCACGAGUCCCCUGGUUUAGCCCAAGCCCAGCGGCAGCGCCAUGGUGACGGAGCAGGAGGUAGAGGGGUUGGGGCAGAUGCUGGUGGACCCCCAGAAGCCCCUGCAGGCCCGCUUCCGGGCGUUGUUCACACUGCGCGGGCUCGGGGGUCCAGCAGCCAUCUCCUGGAUCAGCCGGGCCUUCAGCGACGACUCGGCCCUGCUCAAGCACGAGCUGGCCUACUGCCUGGGUCAGAUGCAGGACUCGCGGGCCAUCCCCAUGCUGGUGGACGUGCUUCGUGACACCCGCCAGGAGCCCAUGGUGCGCCACGAGGCAGGGGAGGCCCUCGGGGCCAUUGGGAACCCAGAGGUGCUGGAGAUCCUGAAGCAGUACUCCACUGACCCUGUCAUCGAGGUGGCAGAGACGUGCCAGCUGGCCGUCCGGCGGCUGGAGUGGCUGCAGCAGCACGGCGGGGAGCCGGUGGCUCGGGGGCCCUACCUCUCCGUGGACCCGGCCCCAUCCGCCGAGGAGCGCGACGUGGGGCGGCUGCGGGCGGCGCUGCUGGAUGAGGCCCGGCCGCUCUUUGACCGAUACCGAGCCAUGUUCGCCCUGCGCGACGCUGGCGGGGAGGAGGCUGCCCUGGCGCUGGCCGAGGGCCUGCGCUGCGGCAGCGCCCUCUUCCGCCACGAGAUCGGCUACGUCCUGGGCCAGCUGCAGCACGAGGCGGCCGUGCCCCAGCUGGCGGCGGCCCUGGCGCGACCCACCGAGAACCCCAUGGUGCGGCACGAGUGCGCGGAGGCCCUGGGGGCCAUCGCCCGGCCCGCCUGCCUGGCCGCCCUGCGGGCCCACGCGGCAGACCCCGAGCGCGUGGUGAGGGAGAGCUGCGAGGUGGCCCUGGACAUGUACGAGUAUGAGACGGGGCCGGCCUUCCAGUACGCGGACGGGCUGGAGCACCUGCGCCCACCCCCCUCCUAGAGCCGCGCCCGGCUGUCUCCCUCGAGGACUCUGCCCAUAAACCGUGUUGGAAUGAAUUGCAUCUCGCUUCCCUGUCUCCCAGCCGCUUUCGCAUCUUGAACCCCCGAGUGGACUGCAGGCUCCCCGGGGCCAGGCUGAAGUCUCUUCUCUGCCCCUCUGAGUGCAGGGCUGCAGUGUUGGCGUGGGAGGGGUAUCUAGGGGGUCCGGGGACAGGGCUGUGCUCUGGGGGGUUGGGGUGCUGUGGUCCAGCUUCUCUAGGAAUGAGGGGGUGCAGGGAAAGGUGCUGUGGGCAAACCCGUCCCCGUCGGGCCUGGGCACGGUCUGGGGGGCGUCAGAGAGCUGUCCUUGGGGUGGGCAGGUGGUCCCUGGGUGGGAUGGCCUGGGCUGGAGCUCAGGGAGGGACAAGCAGGUCCCAGGACAUUCCCCAAGUGGACUAUUAAAUUAUUUUUGCCAAGAGAUGAGUCUCAGAGUGUGUUGGAGGGGCCUCUG